CGCGGUUCGGGCGCUUGCGUCAACGCCCCGCUUGUGCUAUUUGCUUACGGAACCCGGCCAUCGCGCGAUAUGGUCUUAUUGUUCGAAAACCUAGAAUAAAUGAAAAUGGCUCGCUACCUACUACAUCAUGUCCUCCUCUGCGUGUGCCCCUUCCCCUGAUCUCCUGCUCAUUGCAAUUCUACGACACGAAAGCCGUUCUUACUUACUCCACGCCUUGUAUCAACCUCCGUGCAUUAGUCAGCCACCCCGCUGCCCUCAGCUUCGACGACGUCCGCGCAGACAUCCUUCGCCUCUCCCUCCGAAGCCUCAUUCAGAAUCUCCUCCAGUCGGACCAAUGACUCCAUUGCCAACUCCAUCAGCUCGAAGUCUAUCCUAUCUAGAUGAUUGUUGCGAGGCGGCAUCGAGGGUGACUGGACCAGCGAGGAGGAGGAGAGCUGAGAGGGAAUGGCCAAGUUGCGAUGGCCGCCCUCGAAUGCAACCUCGUGAUAGUUGUGCUGCUCGUUGUUCUGCCUGUUCCUCGCUCUCAUUGGAAACUCCGGCGAACUUGACGAGGCGACUUGAGAGGUGGACGCCCACUGAGAAUUGGGCCAGCCGGAGUCACAGAGAUGUCCGCCAUAGCCGUGCUCCCAUUCGGCGGAUGGCGUGUCGGUAUCGACAGUACCCCACUCCUACAAGUAUUCUGCCAUGCUCAUCUCAGCGACCUCCUCCCAUUGAAUCACGCCCGUCUUGAGCUUGUACUCAAGAUCAAGCGCAUCCGCCAUCGUUUGCUCUUUCUUUAGCUGGCGCAAGAUCUCG